CCAAAUUCACCAUUGUCAGGUUCCUAAAUCCUGAAGUAACUUACACUUCCCUUGCUUCCUAUUUUCCCGUAAACAAAUAUGUGCCAAUUGAGGUCCUAACCCCAUCUCGUUUUGUUCUUAUCUGUAACUCCACAGCUUAUAGCUUACCUCCGGUCCUCACCUCAAUCCCAUGUAAUGGCCGAAACACUAGCCGCCCAGCUUGCUGUCGAGCAAACUGGCCCCGGCGAAUUCAUAUCCCAAUCCCUCCCGGCAUGGAUGGGCAACUCCCUCCCCAUCGCCUACGGCGGCUGUACCCUCGGUAUAGCAACUCGCGCCGCCAUUGUGACCGUCCCGUCCUCGCACUCGCUGUACUCCCUUGUUGGCCAUUACCUCGGCCCCGCCUCCAUCAAGCAAAAGCUCCUGUGCACUGUCCAUACUAUGCGCAACACCAAGAACUUCGCCACCCGGCGCGUCGAAGUCAAACAACACCAGCCCGACGGAAAACUCCGUGUUUGUCUCGAGCUUUUGGCUGAUUUCCAUGUCCAAGAGCCCGAACUGAUGUCUUACUCUGCCCUGCCAUCACACCCAUACUCUGGUCCAGACAGCAACCCCACCAUCCCCGCCCUCGCAACAUCCCUUGCUAACGAAGGAAAGCUGGAUAAGCGCCAAGCUGCCUUAGCGGUGGCGCCGGACGGAAUGUUCAAAAUGACCACCAAGUACUUCGACAUGCGGCCGUGUGUGGAGGGGCCAGCUGGGCAAACCCUUUUUGGACUGGCGAGGGGGAUCCCAACGACACAGGAUGAGCUGUCCGUUACGGAGAAGGCGUCAGCGGAGUGGGUGAAGACUUGGGACAAGGUGGAUGGGGUCGGGGAAAGGAUGGCUACGUUGAGUUUUCUAAUGGAUGGGGCGCUGGCGUUUUUGCCGCUGGCGCAUAGCAGUAUGUGGUUCGAUGACACCGAAGCCAACUCGAGUCUAGACUUUGCCCUGCGCAUUUUCGUUCCGAAUAUCGACUUGGGCGAUUGGCAUCUGCGCGAGAGAAAGACACAUGCCGCUGGAUUCGGGAGACAAUACUCAGAGGGUCGUCUGUGGGAUGAAAAAGGGACCUUGGUGGCUUGCAUGACGCAGCAGUGUAUUCUCAGGCCCAAAAUGGCCCCGAAGACAAAGACGAAGGCGGAACUAUAAGAUACGGCAUUGCCAAGCAGUAUUAUUAUCACAGCCUAAUGCUUUCUUGUACUUGGUCUCCAUUUGCGGAGCUCUUACUAGUUAUAAAGCUCCAUCUCUUAUCUUUAGGUUGAAUGCCCAGGCGCAUGCUGGCAGAGUCCAGCUUGAUGGGCUGGGUCAGGUUCUAGUCGGCCGCUUGAUCAGUCUAGCCAGGCAUCCUCA